AGAGGUCUCGUAAGCAUCUAGAAUACGAAAAUGCAUACAGGAAUACAAGUGUGUAAGACUUUGUCUUUGCCACAUUCUUCGCAGUGGGGACAAAUAUGGCGUUCGGGAUUUCUCGGACUGCGCGGCAAGUAGUUGGUCAUCGCUUUGUGGUGAGCUAUGAAGAAUUCGUCGAGUUUGUCCGACCACUCGGUUUUCGCUGCGCAAAAGACUAUAUGACCUGGGCAAAAACGAAUCAGCGCCCCACCGGUAUCAUUCCGACUCGGCCAGAUUGUGUCUAUCGCGACAAAGGAUGGAUCUCAUGGAGAGCUGCUCUAGGGAGUGCAUCACUGCCCUAUCAGGGUAGCGGAUAUUCGGUUGAGGAGCUGGCUGCAAUCGAGUCUGCGACAGAGGGUGACUUCGACAAGCGCAACCGCUCUGCCCUCUCUUACGAGGAGUCGCUAAAGUGGUUCGCGCGGAAAGCACAAGAAUUGGCGCCCGAAUACGAAUUUUAUCGCGAGCAGGGACAGGUGCUCCCCAACUUGUUCUUCCGCAAGCGUGACGGUAGAUGUCAGGAGCCGAAUGGUCAAUGGGCGGCGCUCCAGUUUAAGUCUUCCGCUCGGCCUCGCGGUCACGGGGACAUGAGCGUUGUAUUCUCUAACGUGCACAUGUCUCCGAGUGUCGGAAAAAUUUUCGUCUGCAAUCUCGGAGAGAAAAUCAGAAUUUGUCACCAGUCGGACCUUCUGGCCACCGUAAACUGUGCCAAAAUUCUGCAGGCCAAUGCUCGCGUGCAUUCUCUGUAUGUGAGGCUGAGCGACGAGAACUCCGACAUUGAUGGCGCAUUCCAAAAUCUACGCUACUUGUGGGAGGUGCUGCCGAAAAGGACGAUAUCUGGCUGGAUGAAUAAUCCUCUGGUUUCCAACAAUUCGCACAUGAUUAACAAGAAGCUUGCAAGUAGAGUCAACGAGAUCCUGUAUUGGCCGGCAGGAUUAAGAAGAGAGUGGAGCGGUGCAGAUGAAGAUACUGUCUGGGGUGAGAAACAUAACUUAGGGCUAGGGCCGUACCGCUGUGUUCAAAAAAUUGCUUCGAAAUGUGAUUUCGAGAAUAGCGCAAGGGCAAAUCCCAGUAUACGCCUCUCUCGGGCAAUAAAAUCUGUCGAUGGAGACACAAGACAGAUUUACACUUAUUACGACGUUGCUGACGGCAUAGAUUUUUUUAGUUGUAUACUUCGUGCGGAGGACAAUAGUUCCAGUCUAGCGGGCUUGUUUUUCUUUCCUCGGGCCUUCCUAGAAGCACAUGGUUAUCUGUCAGAUAGGAUGCAAGAAAGAAGCGGAAUGAAGGCACUGCCGUUAUAUGUUUCAGGUAGUCAAGCGGCGGUACGCAGACAAGUAUUUGCUAAAGAGCAAGAGAGAUUUUUCAUCGAUUUACGCAGAGUACAGGAAAACGAUUCUCAUAUUAGAAACCUUCACGAGAUUCUCCGCACCUACGGCGGCGACAAGACAAAACAGCUGACUAAACCGAUUUUGCAGUGCUCCACGACAGUGUCAAGCGGAGCUUGAUGUACUUCAGCAAAACAUCAGCAGACCAUGUGUCUCACGCGUCACGCGUCACGCAUGAAAGAAGAGCAAGAAGAUCACCCUUGUAAUCGGGGGGUUACGCGAUG